UAACCUUCUUGCAUUACACCGGAUUGCAACAUUGCGACAUGAUGAGUUGGGGCAGGAAACACUUCUCAACCUGCUGCUUCGGAAUUACCUCCACUACAAUUUAUAUGAUCAGGCAGAGAAGCUGAGGUCAAAGGCACCUCGUUUUGAAGCUCACUCAAAUCACCAAUUCUGCCGGUACCUCUUUUACCUUGGAAAGAUUAGGACAAUUCAGUUGGAGUAUACAGAUGCAAGAGAGUCCCUCCUCCAAGCUGCUCGGAAAGCCCCUGUUGCAGCUCUUGGGUUCCGGAUUCAAUGCAAUAAGUGGGCUGUGAUAGUCCGCCUACUGCUAGGAGAGAUCCCUGAGAGGACUGUUUUUAUGCAGAAAGGCAUGGAGAAGGCUUUGAGGCCAUAUUUUGAGCUUACAAAUGCUGUUCGAAUUGGAGAUUUAGAGCUGUUCAGAAACGUUGCUGAGAAGUUUUCGAGCACUUUCAAAUCGGAUGGGACCCACAACUUGAUUGUUAGGCUGCGGCAUAAUGUCAUAAGAACUGGGCUCCGAAACAUCAGUAUCUCAUAUUCCCGCAUCUCAUUGGUUGAUGUAGCCAAGAAGCUGAGAUUGGACUCUGCAAACCCUGUUGCUGAUGCUGAGAGUAUCGUAGCCAAGGCAAUCCGUGAUGGUGCAGUGGAUGCAAUGUUGGAUCAUGCAAAUGGGUGGAUGGUAUCGAAGGAGACUGGGGAUAUUUACUCGACAAAUGAACCUCAAAUUGCAUUCAACUCAAGGAUUGCUUUCUGCCUCAAUAUGCACAAUGAAGCAGUGCGUGCUCUUCGAUUUCCACCAAAUUCUCACAAGGAGAAAGAAAGUGCUGAGAAGAGGAGAGAGAGACAACAGCAGGAGCAAGAGCUUGCCAAACAUAUAGCUGAGGAGGACGACGAUGAUUUCUAA